AAUGGAAUCUGAAUUUACGGGCAUUACAAAAUCGAAGAAAGGCGCUCGAUUGCUCUGGUGCCCUCUCGCAAGUUAAAUUCAGACCGCCACUUGCAACACCUUCCAUUCUUCGCGCACUCAAACUCCUCGGCGACAAUCCGUUUCCCCCUAUUUCCGCGGCCGAUUCUGCUAUUUUCCGCCGCCGAAGUACAACGAUCGGGUCGGUUCUCUGUGUUCAAUUUCAGUAGCUCUUAUGGAUUGAAUUAGAAGAGCUUAAGUUUUUAAAUGACUUUCAUGUGCGGAGCUUGUUAUUGAGGAGGUGUCUAUAUGAGGUGUUGAAGCCUGUUAACUUUGGUGGACGCUGAGGAGAAGCCUGAUCAGGAGGCAAAUCACGGAUGUGGACAAAUAUAUUCAAAAUCGGAGGUUUGCAUCGGAUAUCAUGGUUUCAGUUUCUUCCCAAUGAAUUUGAUUUCAGCGCUCUACCUGAUAAGAGUGUGAAGGUGGACCCGAAAGAUGCAGCGAUGUCGGCAGUGCUCUCAGCACAUCUGCAGCUGCAGAAGGAAGGGUUUCUCAGCGCAUGGACUAACUCUUUCGUUGGACCCUGGGAUCCUUCUCAGGGUCUGCAUAAUCCUGAUGAGAAGAUUAAGCUUUGGCUUUUUCUCCCUGGUCAACACUCCUCUAUCAAUGAGAAGGCACAACAUGCUGUUGCCACAUUGAGAGUGCUCGCAUCUGGAUUUUGGGUGUCUCCUGGCGAUUCUGAAGAAGUUGCUUCUGCCAUAUCACAGGCUUUAAGAAACUGUAUAGAAAGAGCACUUAGAGGCUUUUCAUAUGUACGAUUUGGGGAUGUGUUCUCCAAGUAUCAGCCAUUUACUCAGAAUGAAGAACUAUUCAGGAGGGGUCAACCUGUCGCUGAGUUCAUCUUUGCUGCAACAGAAGAAACAAUAUUUGUUCAUGUUAUUAUAUCUGCUAAGCAUGUCAGAGCUCUUUCAACUGGCGACAUUGAACCUUUCCUCAGCAGCUCUAGCCGGCGUACCAAUGACCAAAUUUCAGUUGUUGUUUCUCCUCAUGGAAUGCGUGGGAAGCUCACGGGAUGUUGUCCUGGUGAUCUUGUAAAGCAAGUGUUUCUGAGCUCCGGAAAGUUUAGAGAUCCAAAUGGAACUUCAGGUCUUCCUUUCAAAGUUGCUCGAGGAUCUGGACUGCCAACUCAACAAAGGGGACAAAAUUGCUUUGUUGAAGUGACCCUUGGUUGUCAAGAAAAGCUGGCGCGGGAUAGUGCGAACUUGCAUAGUAACUUUUCUCAGCCUCAUGGCACUGAGUCUCCAGCUUCUAGAAUAUGUAAUCAGAGGUGGCCUUUAGACAAGCUUCCAAUUUGUGAAAAAAAGUUUGUCUAUCCAACAGAGGCUGUUCUUGUUCCAGUUAUGCAGACAUCUUUUGCAAGAUCAUCUUUGAAAAGAUUCUGGCUGCAAAAUUGGGCUGGACCGUCUUUGUCAGCUUCAUCACUUGUUAUGCAUUGUUUUGAUUUUGGCAGUGAUGACAAAGUUGAUUCAAUGGAUGGAUCUUCUCUUGAACCAAGUGGAACUCGUUCUUACCAUGGUUAUCGUAGUAGUAGUAACAGUAAUAGUAGUAGCUAUGGCAGCAUGAGCAGUUCCUCAAGUGACAGUGAUCGCAAGGUCCUGGGAGCUCGUGAUCUUGAGGCAGAUGCAGAUUCUUUAAUGUCCAGACAGUCUGGUUUAUCUUCCCUGGGUCAGAUGCCAAAUGAUGUCCUUCAAUUGGGUUCUAAAAGGCCACGAAGUGGGACUUCCGAGUCAUUUGGUCAAGCAGGCAUGGUUUUGAAUCCUUCCAUGACAGAUUAUGGUACCAUGGAAGCCAAUAUGUCUAUUAAUGGGGCUACAAAUGAAACUGUUGGAUCUCAGUGGGGAUGGGACGAUGAUGAUAGAGGCAUGGGGAUGGAUAUUCAAGCACUACUAUCAGAGUUUGGCGAUUUUGGUGACUUUUUUGAGAAUGAUGCUUUGCCACUCGGGGAGCCUCCAGGGACUGCUGAGUCUCAAGUUCUCAUGUUUCCUGCGCCUGAUGGUGGUGAGUUGUGUAGCAGCCCCAGCACCUCAGUGAUUGAUGUGCCAGAUCGAAUGCUUGUAUCGACAGGUUUUCCAACCUUUGAUAACUUCAACCAACUAAAUGCUCCUGAUUCUGUGGAAGAUUCAGUCAUCAAAAACCAAGAAACCACAAAGAGUUCUGCUCCCAGGCAAGUUACUUGUAUGCUGCCAUCUUCCAAUAUUGAGUUUGAUCACGUCGUAAAGGCUGAAGCACUGAUGUCAUUUGCCCCAGAAUAUGGGGGUGUGGAAGCCCCUAACAGUGAGAUCUCCUCUGUGAUUUUUCGAAGCCCCUACAUUCCUAGAUCUUGCAAAGUGGAUUCUGCAUCAAGCUCAAGCCAUUAUGUGUACUCUGCAACACCUCCUUCCCCUUGCUGUAAUGGAUCUCAUGAGAAGUCCAUCUUGCCAAGUGAGAAAGCUUGUACAGAAAAGAAAGAAUUGUGUUCUGCGUUUAAAUCAAAAAAAUAUUACACACAUGUUGAAAGAGGAAAGCAGCAAACUGGUGCAAGUCAUAAUAGUCUUAGCAAAAGUGAAGUUGGAGGUUCAUCAGCACAGUUUUUUGCUUUGAGCCAAGCAGAUGUCAAACCUAUCUCAGCUAAAGCAAGUGACAGCUCACAAAAAGGAGAUAAUUGUCUCCCAUCCGCUAGGACUGUCCUUGCAACAGAGAUUGAAUGCCUAGUGUGCCAGGUUUCCAUGUGUAGGUUGCGACAUACACUGCUUUCUUCCAGCAACAUUUCACCUUCUAGUCUGAGUGGAUUAUCUUGUAGCAGCACUCAAAAUCUAGGUCAUAAUGAUUCAAGCACCAUGGUGGACAAUAUGUCAUGCAAAUCUGAGUUGAAAAAGAAAGAAACAAUUCCUGUUAGGAUAGCUGGUGAUGUAGAUGGGGGAAUGCUAGAUGGGUCUUUGACUGCACCAGUUGGGGUCUGGCGUUCUGUUGGAAUUCCCAAAGUUGCUAAGACAGGUUCAUCAAAUAUGGAGGUCUGCCCAUCCAUUCCACAUAAUUCAUUCAUGGAAGAAAGUAUGCUUUCAUACGGACUACGGCAGCCACUACAGGAACUUCUUGAUGGUAUCGCAUUCCUUGUUCAGCAAGCUACUUCAUUUGUUGAUGUGGCUCUGGAUGCUGAUUGUGGUGAUGGUCCAUAUGGGUGGCUCGCACUUCAAGAGCAGAGGAGGCGUGGAUUUUCAUGUGGACCCUCUAUGGUACAUGCUGGCUGUGGGGGUCUUUUGGCUUCUUCCCAUUCCCUGGACAUUGCUGGAAUGGAGCUUGUUGAUCCACUCUCAGUUGAUGUCCAGGCUUCUUUAACAAUUGGUUUACUUCAGUCUGACAUAAAAGAAGCGUUGAAAUCUGCAUUUAGCAAUGCAGAUGGCCCUCUUUCUGUUAUGGAUUGGUGUAGGGGCCGUAACCCAUCCAAUGAAUCGGCGAUGACUUAUGAUGGACACUCUGCGGAGUAUAUUGCUAGUGCAAGUGAAUGCCGAGAUUCUUCUAGUACAGUAACUUUAUCCGUAGGAGAUCCCAUGAGCCCAUCUCUGACCUCUGCUGGUGGAGCAUCUGGGCUCAAAGGUGAUGGAACCAGGGGGGAUGAUGGAGGUACUUCUCUGAUGGAGUCAGAUCAGCAACACUGCUCAUGGAUACGGCCUACACUAUCUGUUGUUCCAUUUCCAUCAAUACUUGUUGGGUACCAAGAUGAUUGGCUCAAAACCUCAGCCGGUUCCUUGCAACUGUGGGAAAAGGCUCCUCUGGAACCUUAUGCAACUGUGAAACAUAUGAGCUACUACGUGGUAUGUCCAAAUAUUGAUCCACUUACAACAGCUGCUACUGAUUUUUUUCUUCAGCUUGGAACUGUUUAUGAAACCUGCAAGCUGGGAACACAUUCACCCCAAAGUCUGGGAAAUGAGUUGGAUAUAGAUUCCAAGAAAAUAUCACCUGGUUUUGCUCUUCUUGAUUGCCCUCAAUCAAUGAAGAUAGAUACCAACAAUGCAUCUAUGUUGGGAUCAAUCAGUGAUUAUUUCCUUUUCCUAUCAAAUGGCUGGGACCUGACUAGUUAUUUAAAGACUCUUUCUAAGGUUCUUAAGACCUUGAAAUUCGGUUCGUCUGUGCCAGGGAAUUCCAAGGAAGGAAAUGGUGGACCAUGCACUGUUGUUUAUGUGGUCUGCCCCUUCCCAGAGCCUCUUGCAGUCCUACAGACUGUGGUUGAAGCUUCGAUUGCUAUCGGAUCAGUGAUUCGAUCUUCUGAUAAAGAAAGGAGAUCCAUGAUGCACAAUCAAGUUGCAAAAGCUUUGAGUUACCCUGCUUCUGUAGAUGAAUCAUUUUCAAAUGUUUUGACUCUUACAGGAUUUAGCAUCCCAAAGCUUGUAUUGCAGAUUGUGACUGUAGAUGCCAUAUUUAGGGUUACUAGCCCCAAGCUAAAUGAGCUGAUCAUUCUAAAGGAAAUUGCUUUCACUGUUUACAAUAAGGCUCGGCGAAUUUCACGGGGAGCAUCUGGUGAGACAAUGUCAUCAUUAUCUGUGCCAGGGGGUUCUCAUUCAGUCUUGAUGCAAAUGUCUCCGUCAGUUCCUGGUAUGUGGAAGGAUUGUGUUGGUUCUCGAAUUGGAGGACCUCCUCUUCAGAGAGAGAGUGAACUUGAUACAAGCUUGAGACAGGGUGCUUGGGACAACUCUUGGCAGACAGCAAGGAGUGGGGGGCUUGGAGCAGAUCCCAGCAGAACUGGAGAUAUCUUUCCUCUGGAUGAUAUUCGUUGUUUGUUUGAACCACUUUUUAUUCUUGCAGAACCUGGAUCCAUUGAGCGUGGGCUUUCACCCUUUUUUGGUAAUUCGGCAGAUUCAUCAAAGCUGUCAGAUGAUUGCACAAGUACUAGCUUUGUGCAAAAUUCUACUUCUUCAGUAACUGGGGAUAAUGGUCCUGUUUCUCAGCAUGAUUCCUUGGAUUCAGAUGGUUUGACAUCUGGCCACCAAAAAUCAAUCCCAAGUCUGCAUUGUUGUUAUGGGUGGACUGAGGAUUGGCGCUGGAUGGUGUGCAUAUGGACAGAUUCAAGGGGAGAAUUGCUUGACAGUUGUGUUUACCCCUUUGGAGGAAUCAGUAGUCGGCAAGACACAAAGGGUCUGCAGUCCCUUUUUGUCCAAAUACUACAACAAGGAUGCCAGAUUCUUCAAGCUUGUUCUCCUGAUGCUGGUGUAGCUAAGCCUAGAGAUCUCGUGAUUACACGAAUUGGAUGCUUUUUUGAGCUCGAGUGCCAGGAGUGGCAGAAAGCUUUAUAUUCAGCUGGGGGUUCUGAGGUGAAAAAGUGGUCUCUGCAGCUCCGUCGUUCCCUUCCUGAUGGAAUGCCAGCUGGCAGCAAUGGAAAUUCUUUACAACAGCAGGAGAUGAGUUUAAUGCAAGAGAGGGCACUGCCUUCUUCACCAAGUACAUUGUACAGUCCUCAUUCUAAAUCUUCCUCAUUCAUGAAAGGUGGCAUUGCACAACCUUCCUCGAGGAAGCAGCUAAUGGGUGGGCAUGCAGUGUUAGACAAUUCAAAAGGCUUACUGCAAUGGGUACAGAGCAUCAGUUUUGUCUCAGUCUCGAUUGAUCAUUCAUUACAACUGGUGUUACAAGCAGAUUCAUCUCCUGGGUCAAGUCAAGGUAGUGCCACGUCAGGUCUGUCAGGCUAUCUUGAAGGAUACACACCUGUGAAGUCCCUUGGGUCUACAUCAGCUUCCUACCUUUUAGUCCCUUCACCGAGCAUGCGCUUUCUGCCUCCUUCGGUUCUUCAGCUCCCUACAUGUCUCACUGCAGAUUCCCCGCCUCUCGCCCAUCUUCUACAUAGCAAAGGAUCUGCAAUUCCCCUGUCCACGGGUUUUGUCGUUUCAAAAGCAGUACCUUCAAUGAGGAGAGAUGCCAGGAGUUUAUCAAAAGAAGAAUGGCCUUCAGUUCUCUCUGUUAGUUUAAUUGACUAUUGUGGAAUUAACGUUGUCAGCCAAGAGAAGUCAGGGAAGGGUGCCAAUAAGCCUGUGGGGCGAGGUGUGAGCUCUGAAUCCAAAGAUAUCGAGGUGGAAACGCACAUCAUACUAGAUACAAUAGCAGCAGAACUCCAUGCUUUGUCCUGGAUGACUGCUAGCCCAGCAUACUUGGAGAGAAGAUCCGCUUUGCCUUUCCAUUGUGACAUGGUUCUGAGACUCAGAAGGCUUCUCCAUUUUGCAGAUAAGGAACGCUCCCGGCUUCCAGAGAAGGCACCGACAUGACAUAGAGGUAUGUAUUGUUCGCUCGACCUUUCAUACUGUACAAUGUACAUAAUUCAAUCUCAGCUUGUGUGUAAUGAGGCGAUGUGCAGCCAUCACUUGUAGACUUGUAGUUACAAGGAUCGAUAAGCAUCUAGAUAGGAUCGCCCCUUUUGUCGUUCCAUCAGCAUAGUCUUGACUUGUAGAGAUCGAAACUAAUGUUAGUGGAAUCACAUAGUGAGAUGCGUAAAUAGUUUAUAGAGAUGCAGAUGAAACAUUUUCGGCAUUCAAUUAUGUACUAUAUUUCCAUGGUGGAGCAUAAUGAAUGUAAGUUGGUAACACCUACCACCAUUGAUUGACUGUGGAAACGAAUGAUGGAACUUGUGCUUUUGGUUCAUGGUGUAACAUCUAGAACAUUGAUUUUCAGUUAUUGUUGUUGAUUUAUUUUGUGUCAUCAA